AUGCGUCCCAAAAGAGCUGCGGCGCGCAAAGCCAUCGCAGCUAUAGAGGAACCAACCACCAACGGAGUGACGGCUGCUCCAGCAAAAGCUGCUCCCAAGAAGGCUGCCGCAACAAAGAAAGCUCCUGCUGCAGCGAAAUCGACUACAACCAAGACAGCUGCAAAGACGAAGGCUGUAACGAAGCCCGCAACGAAGAAGACUGCUGCUCCGAAGACAACCGCAGCAAAGAAAGAACCUGCGACUAAGCCCGCGAAGAAGCCAGCCGCAAAGGCCAACACGGCUGUCAAACGCAAGGCUACUGAGGAACCCGAGGUCAAGAACGCGAAAAGGUCAAAGUCAGAGUCCGCUGAAGCCGAAGUUGGCGGUGCUGUCAAAGCUCCCACCAAAGCACGCAAGAUCGCACAGCCCAAAGCGAAGAAGCCUCGCGUCAAAGGCCCUGCCAUCAACUCAGCUCCUACCGCUCCCCUCAACGUCUACGUCUUUGGUGAAGGCAGCGCAGGCGAACUCGGUCUCGGCUCCGCCAAAGGUCAGAUCGAAGUCAAGCGACCACGACUGAACCCACUUCUCGACGCAGACAAGGUUGGUGUGGUCAGUGCAGCAGUUGGUGGCAUGCACACUGCGGUCUUGACCAAGAACAAUGAGAUCAAAACCUGGGGUGUCAACGACCAGGGCGCUCUUGGACGAGACACCAACUGGGAUGGCUUCCGAUACUGGCGUCAACCCACACGAAUCUACCCUACCAACGUCGACAUGACCGGUCUCGAAGACCUGAUCUUCACACAAGUCGCCUGCACCGACUCCGCCACAUUCGCGCUCACCGACGAAGGCCAAGUCUACGGCUGGGGUACAUUCCGAUCCAACGAAGGCAUCUUCGGCUUCGACCCCACCACUCUGAUCCAGCCCCGCCCAACCCUCAUCCCCUCGCUCAAGAAAAUCACCAAACUCGCCACGGGAGCUAACCACGUCCUCGCCCUCUCCUCCACCGGCGCCGUCUGGGCCUGGGGCUCCGGCCAACAGAACCAGCUCGGUCGGCGGGUGUUGGAGCGCUUCAUCAAGAACGCUCUGGUCCCCACCAAAGUCGGCGUGCCGAGCAAGAUGGUCAAUGUCGGCUGCGGGAGCUAUCACAGCUUCGCGAUCCACGAGAACGGGGACGUGUAUGCUUGGGGACUGAAUAGUUUUGGAGAGACAGGUGUGCCUGCUGAUGUGGAGGAGGGCGGCGAGUCUGAUGUGCACCAAGCUACCGUCGUCGAAGCACUACGACCAUUCGGCAAGAUCGUCUGUAUCGAAGGCGGCGCGCAUCACACCAUCGCUGUCACGGACCGCGGUGAACUGUUGGGUUGGGGUCGUUUGGAUGGGUAUCAAUUGGGUCUCGACAUCAAGAGCCUGCCAAAGGAGAGUAUCGUCUACGAUGCAUCCAACAACCCUCGCAUUCUGAAGGUCCCAACACAGAUUCCGGGCAUCGAUGCGGUGGCAUGCUCGGCUGGUUCCGAUCACGGCAUUGCAGUUAGUAAGGAAGGGAAAGCCUACGCUUGGGGUUUCAGCACGACCUAUCAGACGGGCUUGGGUACAGACGAAGACGUCGAGGUUGCGACGUGGAUUGAUAACACGGCCGUGAGAGGCAAGAAGCUGGUCUGGAGUGGUUGUGGUGGGCAGUUCAGCGUGCUUGCUGGCCUGGCUGAGCCUCAGACCAAUGGACUCACGAAUGGAGUGCACUGA